AAAGGACACUGCAAUCUGUAGCUUAGAAGAAAUUAGGGCAUGUUGACUGUAGUACUUGCUCUCUCUCCUCACAUCCAAAUCCUCCCACCGUAGCAAUUCCUUCACCGUCGCCAACAAUUUUCAAGUACUUUCGUUUCAAAUCACGACCAAAGAUCCAGCCAUCAAGCACUUCAGGAAGACGAUGAGGGUUUCCAGAUUCCGUACAAGUCCCAAGCUAUGGUAAUUCUUUAAAAUCACGACCUUUUUCAAAUCUGUUCGACCGGAGUUUCACCAACCCAGAUAGAAACUCUACGACCGCCAACGCUCAUCCCCACCACCAGUAUCCAACCCUUCAGACUCUUUACGUGGUUGUCUUUAUCCGAAUAGGCGCCAAGGGAGUCCUAGAGUUCCCAUGGCCGAGAUUAGAAGUGAAGAAGGGUUGAUAUCUUUAGGGCCAUGGGGAGGGAAAGGUGGUGUAGGUUGGGCUUACAAGGCCGAAGGGCCUAUAAUGCAGAUAACUCUCCAUUAUGGACAAGUUGUCCAUUCAAUUUUAUUUGAAAGUACAAGCUACGAUGGCAAAAAUAUAGGAAGCCCCGUGAAAUUUGGCCGUACCAGUGCUCAUGAUAAUGGAGAAUUUAAAAAGUUCUGCAUUGACAGUUCAGUAGAGCAACUUUUGUCCAUAAGCCUGACAUACGAAGAGUACUUUGGAGAAGUGGUAAUCGUAUCUCUCUGUUUUAUUACAAAUCUAAACAAAUAUGGGCCUUUUGGUUCGAGAUCGGGUGCUUCUUCUGUGUCCAUUCCAAUAGAAGGUGGAGUUCUCGUUGGAUUCCACGGACGUGGUGGAACCUAUCUUGCUGCAAUUGGUAUAUUUGUAGCACCCAAAGUCAAUAAUUUGCCUAGUUUAGAGAAAGUUCAAGACCUAGAUUUUGCGCCAACUCAGCUCAAGGGCAAGAUAAUCGGUGAAGAAGGGUGGAUUUCGUUAGGGCCAUGGGGAGGGGAAGGUGCUGUAGAUUGGGCUUACAAGCCCGACGGGCCUAUAAUGCAGAUAACUAUUCGCUAUCGAGCUGUUAUUGAUUCAAUUUUAUUCGAAAGUAAAAGCUGCGAUGGCGUUGCUAUAGGAAGCCCUGUGAAAGUUGGCGGCGAUGGUGACGGUUCGAUUAAAACGUUCUUCAUCGACAGUUCAAUAGAGCAACUCUCGUCGAUAAAUCUGACAUACGAAGACUUUGAUGGACAAGUGGCAAUCACAUCUCUCUGUUUUAAUACAAAUCUAAACAAAUAUGGGCCUUUUGGUUUGAGAUCGGGUACUUCUUCUGUGUCCAUUCCAAUAGAAGGUGGAGUUAUUGCUGGAUUCCAUGGACGUAUCGAAAAGUACCUUACUGCAAUUGGUAUAUUUGUAGCACCCAAAGUCAAUAGUUUGCCCAGUUCAGAUAGUUUCCAUCCAAUUCAAGAUCAAGAUUCUGCGCCAACACACCUCAAGCGCAAGAUUAGCGAUAAAGACGGAUGGAUAUCUUUAGGACCAUGGGGAGGGGAAAAGGGUGCACCUUGGGCUUACAAGGCCAAUGGCCCCAUAAUGCAGAUAAGUGUUCGUUAUGGAAAAGCAAUCAAUUCAAUUUUAUUUGAAAGUAAAAGCUAUGAUGGCGUUGUUAUGGGAUGCUCCAAGAAAAUUGGCAAUUCUGGUGGCCAUCGGACUGAAAUGUUUUGCAUCGACACUUCAAAAGAGCAACUCUCAUUCAUAAGCGUGACAUAUGAAGUCUACCGCAGAGAAAUGACAAUCAUAUCCCUCUGUUUUACUACAAAUCUGAACAAAUAUGGGCCUUUUGGUUUGAGAUCGGGUGCUCCUUCUUUGUCCAUUCCAAUAGAAGGUGGAGUCAUUACUGGAUUCCAUGGACGUGCUGGAAAGUACCUUACUGCAAUUGGUAUAUUUGUAGCACCCAAAGUCAAUUGUUUGCAUUCAAUUCAAGGCCCAAAUUCUACACCAACCAAGUGCAAGGUUUUAGGUUCAGUUGUGGGUUCCAAACCCAAAACGCUUGAGAACACCAUCAUCCACAAUGCUGCUUCCAGCAGUGCAACCACCAACAACGAUGACCAUCAUGGGGAAGCUCAUAAUGAUCUCAUGCUUGUGGAAUCGGCCUUGAGGGAGUACGUGGACCGUAUGGUUCGGCAACUGAAACUGGCCUGUAAGAAAUUCAAGGAUCUACAAAACAUAGGGGGCAGUGAAAGAGACUUUGACGAACUCAGUAAGGUCAUCGCAAAGCUGAAGUUCCAGAUCCCUUUCACCACCAGCAAACAAGACCACCAGGAGGAUGGAGCUCUUUCCCCCACUUCGAAAAUGAUCCAUAGUGAUCUCCUCCUUGUGGAUACGGCAUUUGCAGAGGCGACGGAGUCCAUGUACCAUAUGAAUUUGAAAAUCAAAGAAGCCCAUGACAAAUUCAAGGAGCUACAAAUGUUACCAAGUAGUGAGAGAGACUCUAACGAACUACGAAAGGCCAUUGCAAAGCUAAAAGUUCGGAUUAAUUCGCAUAAUAAAAGCCAUAAUGCUGAUUCCAACCUACAUCACAAGAAUUGGGAUAACAUAAACGGGGCCGAGGAUGGAAUGACGCACUUCUUCUACAAUGAGCCAGAGGUUACGCACACUAGUGAUUUUGAUGGACUACUGAAAGCUUUCCAUGAACUCCCAGAGCCAUUUCGUUUUUGUUUAUUAUGUUUCUUCAAGUUCCCACCAAUGGCAACCAUAAAGAGAACGCUGAUGAUUUACCUGUGGAUAGGGCAAGGAUAG